AUGAACGCUGCGGUAGGUGCUCUGACCGCCACCGGAUAUAGGCUGACGUCUCAGUCUGUAUUGCAAAGAGUGGACUUGGACACGGAGAUAAGUGCACGGUUUCCGACAAUAACCGAGGCCGAAAUAUCCGAGAUUUUGCAUUGCGGUUCGCUUUGGGUUCGCUCGCAACUUCAGAACGUCACUCACCGUGCUGAGGAAGAGCUUUGCGAGGACCCGCGUACAUCCGUGAUGGUCGUAGGCAGCACCGUCACAGGUCCGGGUCAACACUCAAUUAGUAUUGGGAGUAUAGGCAUUGGAAAGUUGAAAAUUGGGAGAGGAGGAACGACCGCGAGGAAGAUAUGCAGCAAAUGGCAUAUCAAACACAUCAAUGUCGAAAUUGUUGGACGAAUCGGAAGUGGAGAUGGGCAGUGUGCACGCGAUAUGGCGGAGGUAACACGGCGGAUGCUCGAAGAUGCCAUAGUAAGAGUUUCAGCCUCAGCCUCGCUUCAUCGUGGGAUGAUCUCCAGACUUGAGAUCUUGCAUCAAGAUGGCACGACCUUCACGAAGGGCCUUGAAGGUGUAUGGUCUGGAAGUUUAGGUACCUGCGAUGACGACGACGGUGCGGCAUGUAUUCCGUCAUCCACGCUAUCUACGCAGAUAUGGCAGAAGAGGAGCGUCAAGCAACCAGCUCAGGGGCGUGCAGUAUGGUGCCGCCGGCUGCUUGCCAAAGAGGGAAGCUGA